AUGAAUUGGGUCGGUGGUUCAAGGUGAGUUUGACAGCUAGCUAGCUAGCUAACUAACGUUAGCUUGCUAAACUAACGUUAGCACUUUUACAGAUGUGCUUGUUGACAGUCUGGGUGGAACGAGUUUUAGAAAACCUGCUUGUUACCAAAUAUUCAACAUUAACUUUCUCUUUCUUUGUCAAAUACCAUUACAACUGUUACAGAACUGUUACUAUUUAACAAAAAUAUUAUAUUGACCCCCUUUUAAAAAUAUUAAAUUGACCCCCUUUUUAAGAGCAAUUUUAACUUGAUUUCCCAUUAUGAAUAUUACAGGAACCGGUUUAUGAUGAGAAAUGACAUGAAAAAACAGAGGGUAAGUUAAACCCACAGUGGCCUUAAAUAAGGUAUCAUAUUGUAUACAUUAUAAUACCGUAUAUGUGACAUGAUAAUACAUAUGCCAACAUUUUAUCAGGAAUUCUUUGAAAAGAAGAAAAUGCAGAGAAAGAUUAAAACCUUAGGAAUACCAACCUCUCCUAAAGGAGCCAGCUCUGGAAGUAUGGACCUAGUGACUUUAUUAAUAGUAAACCAGAUUGCUGCAAAGAAAGAAAACAAAAGUGAGUUCAGACAGGCAUCUAUACAUUAUGGAUAAAUACUAAUAACAUUGAAAAAGGAUCCCACCCACCCACAACAAUAACUUGGUUUGUUAAAUAAUAAUAUGCCAUUUAGCAGACGCUUUUAUCCAAAGCGACUUACAGUCAUGCGUGCAUACAUUUUUUUUUUGUGUAUGGGUGGUCCCGGGGAUCGAACCCACUACCUUGGCGUUACAAGCGCCGUGCUCUACCAGCUGAGCUACAGAUUGUUCUAGAUCAGCCAAAGAUAACUCACAUCACUGAUGAUAAAGGAGGACCCAAGUCGUUGAGGGAGGGGCCCCUGGAGUUACCCAUGAGCCCUUGCUUUUUUUUUUUUUUUUUUACUACUGAUGUAUUUUAGUGUCCAGGCUGUUAGAAAGAGAAAGCACUGCAUUCCUGAUGGAUUCACAUGUAGACAGGUCAGUCACAUUUACUCACACUGAUUCAUCUUUUCUGACAACACAAAUAAAUCACCUUACACCACUAGUACUCUUUUUACCAUAUUUCUGAACAUACAGAUACAGUAAGCUUUAUGGAAAUGAUGACUCAACCUUGUGACAUUUGGCUGGUUCAUUGAUUGUUGCUCUCAGCUCUCACCAGUGCUGGAGUCGAACAUGUCAGACACCAGUACGUCAGACUACCAGCAACACAUCCAGGACACCCUGAGCCCAUUCUCCUCGGCAUCGUCGUCAGUCUCCUCCUCAGGGUCCGGCCUGUUCUCCCUCCAGCAGAGAGCACAGGUCCUGCCACAGCCACACUGCUCCCCUAGAUCCCCCUCGGAUACCUCCACCUCAGAGCAACCACAGGUAUUCAUUCAAAUACAUUCAUAGUAACAGUAUUCCUUCAUUUGGAAUGGAUUUAACCCCACCUCUACCCCACAAACACAUGAAACAAAGACAAAUGAAUGUGCAUUAAUUCCACUGUACUAACAGUUUGUAAAGUAAAGAUAAAGUAUAACUGAAACCUAAUGGAUAUUUGAUUUUGUAGUUUAGACCUUUCUCUCAGCCAGGAGGGAGGAGAGAGUGUGCCCCUUGGGCCACGGGACCAAGUGGACCCAAACAGCAGCUGAACAUGACCCCCCCAGUGUCUAGGGUACUGUUUGGAGGCACAGAGCCUGAGUGAGUACUGAACUGAAAUAUCAAAGAUGUGUUUUUAACUGAUAUGCAGGAAAUGUUGAUUUUCUUUAUCCAUCUGCUGUUCAUACAUUAUUGAGAUUGACAACCUCCCCUGAACUGAUAUUCUCUUUUUCCUGAUUUCCAUUGCUGUAUUGAUUACAUCUGUGAAGAUAGAAGUAUUAGUGGAUAUUUCCAUAACUUGUGCACUGACUAAUGGGGUGUGCAUCUGCCUACCCAGUAGCACAGAGAGCAGAGACCAUGCCAUGCACACAGUGGGGUUCUCUAUCAACCAAUCGGAGGGCAAAGACCACACCUUUGAGUUCUCUCUCAAAGAUCAGACAAUGGAGUUCUCUCUCAACCAAUUAGAGAGUGAAGAGCAACACGAAGAAGCACUCUUCAGGGCCUGCACUAAUGAAGAAUAUGGAAGUGAAGGUACCUGUGCGUCCCAAAUGGCACCCUAUGCCCUAUAUAGUGCACUACUUUUGAACAGGGUCCAUAGGGCUCUGGUCAGAAGUAGAGCACUUUGUAGGUAAUAGGGUGCUAUUUGCUACGCAGACACUGUCUAGUGUGCAUUAUGUAGGCAAUUCAUCACUAAAACUAUGAUACAUGUUUUUGCAGAACGUUUGCCAAUCUCUCUUUACUGACAUAUGUAUGUCAAUUCAUCCCAGCAUCUAAUUUUAAGAAGGGGAUGCCUAAGAUAUAUCUCAAGAAGGAAGUACCGACAACGUCUUCCUGACUCAGGUAAUUGCAGGCAGCAGCAUUACAUCAGGUGUCUAUUGCCACCUAGUGGCAUAAUUUGAAUAAUUUCAGAGCUAAACAAUGAUGACAAUAUGAUACAGUACCAUUUAGCAGACUGUUAUCCAAAGCGACUUACAGUCAUGCGUGCAAACAUUUUACAUACGGGUGGUCCCGGAAAUCGAACCCACUAUCCUGGCGUUGCAAGUACCAUGCUCUACCAACUGAGCCACAGAGGACCUGAUGAUAGUAUGAUGAUAGGUUAAGGUAAGGGGAAAUGUGUUCAUACGGUGAAGGCUAGCCUGUUUCAUUGUUACGUCUGUAUUCCAACAGGUUUCCAACUGCACUGAUGUCAGCUCAUGUAAGUUUCCACACUAUAUUCAAAAUCGUCUACUGUUCAGUGUUCACCACCUGUCUGACACUGAUAGUCUGUCCCAAAUGGCACCCUAUUCUCUAUAUAGUGCCAUAUGAGGAAUAAUAGGGUGUCAUUUGGGACGCAGCCUGGUAGAGACUUACCUGCAGACGUGUCUUCAGCUUGUCCUGGAAACACUCAUCAUGGUCCUAAGGAAUGCUGUGAAUCAUCGCCCAGUUACUCUCCAAGAGGAGGUUACUUCAGUUCAGACUCUGAUGAUGACGUAAGUAAACAACAAUGAAUACUGUUUACAUCUGCUUUGGUUAAUGUACUGUAAGGGGAUGCUUUGAUUUCCCAUAGAUCCCAUAGGCCUACCCUUACUGACUUGAAAUUCAUUAUUGGUAACACUUUACAUUUAGUUGCUCUUAUAAGUCUGCGUAGUUACUGUUUAAUAACAUGUUGUGACAUAGUAACUGCUUUGUAUUUACAUGGUAAUAUCAACAUAUUUCUUAGCCUGAGUCCCAGAUCUGUUGGUGCUGUCUUGUCAACUCCAUUGCUGUCACGUAGCAUAACAAUGACAGCAAUGUAGUUGACAAGACAGCACAAACAGAUAUGACACUCAGGCUACAUAUUUUUAUACUCAUCUUUAAAUGUCAUAUCAGGAGGUGGAGGAUUAUCACCAGUGUCACCAGGGUGGAUCCUCACAGUCACACACAGUGGGGUCAUGUAGUGAAGAGAUCCCUGUCCUCAGCCAGGCCUCAUCACAUUGGAACACACAACAACGAGGUCACCCUCAGUCUCAACCCAGACCUGACACCCCACCCACUAGGCCUCAAUGCACAGGGAACUGUGGAAACGACCAGAGAGAUCAUAAAGACCAGAGAGCUGUGGAGAGCUCAGGCUACUCUGAGAGACGGUCAGGCUGUGUAGUUACAGAUGACAGUGACAGCCAGGUUAGGGUUAUAGGCGAUCAGUAUGUCCCAUCUCGUCCUCUGUCUGAAUCACAGAGCUCUGAGGUCCAACAACAAAAGAUGGCAGCCACCAGAACACAAGAAACACAAACACGAGAAAUGGGAACACAGACUGUCAGCAACAUCACCUCGAAAUGUCCAACAUCGGACGUUUCAACUCAGUGCAGUUUUUGA